AGGUCGAGAAGGGAAAAAAGAUCGUCACAUAUCGCUCAGAAAUAUGAUGUUAUCUCUUUUUGCAACGCAAUAGAUAAUGAAUUCCAUGAUUCAAUGAAUCACUAGUGUGUUUGCCGUGAACUGAGAACAGUCCCUAUCGACAUGUUUUUCAUCAUCCUCCUCUCUAUCUUGUUUGGUGGGGUGUUGAUGCUGGCCAUACAGGCGUCAUGGCUCUACUGGUACAUUAAACGCCAGCCCAAAGAAGAGGUACCCCGAAAGCACCUCUAUGAUCGAGUCCAACAAGUUGGGGAGUUGCAGGAUCCCUCCUCAAUCCUUUUCAAGAAAGAGAGUUGCAAUACUGCCAAUGCACUGAUAUCCUUCCUCUUCAAUGAGCUUAAGGACACCUUAGCUUUACGCAGAUGGAUCAUUAAGAAGAUGAACGUGGAGUUUGGGGAACUCUUGAAUGCCAAGACUGCUGGAAAAAUAAUGGAACAGAUCACUGUGAGAGAUUAUUGCGUUGGGCCCACUUUUCCAACCCUGACGGGUGUGACGCUGAUGAAGUUUACCACAGUAGAAGGCACUGAUAUGCCAGAGACUGUUGAUGUAGCUGUUGAUAUAGACUAUGGAGGUGGAUUCAGAGUGUCUGUGGAUGUGGACCUGGUAUUCGGAACAUCAGCGUAUGUCUCGGUGACAGUCACAAAACUGAAAGGAAGAGCCCGGCUUGAGUUCACACGAAAUCCAUAUAGUCACUGGUCAUUCUCUUUCUAUGAGGAGCCAGAGUUAGAGUUUGACAUUCAGACCCAUUUUGAAGGUCGUACAGUCCAUCAGCUUGGAUCCCUCAUCUUAAAUCAGCUUCGUAAAACAAUGCGCAAGAAACACACACUGCCUGCCUACAAGAUUCGCAGCAAGCCGUUCUUUCCAAAGCCCACGCCACCUUCAGACAAUGACUUCAGAGUCCAUGAUUCUAAGAUCACUUUAGGACGUAUGCAGGUCACUGUUAUAGAAUGCAGUCGUCUGCCUGUUAGUAAAGAGACAAUGAACUCAGAGCUUUACAUCACACUAUGUCUGGACGACCAUGCAUGGACACAUGAAGACAUUGAGCAACGCUUCCACGGCGAUUCAUUGGAGAUCGAGGUCCCUAAAGGAAAUAUGAAGAACGUUGGAGUGACAUUCAGUAGGGGUCUAUACAACAAGGAGGUAGUUGUGGCUUCUAUAAGCCCAGAGUCAACCGUAGCUCAGACAGACCUUAGGAAGGGAGAUGUAGUACUAGAUAUAGAUGGAGUUAAGGUGACAUCUGCACGUCAAGCGGCAAAGGUUGUCAAGCAAGCAAAGGAAAAAUUUGUCAUCAAAGUUCAGAGGCCUAUGAACAUGAUGGAAAGCUUACCAGCCACAUCAGCAGCUUACGAUCAACCUGACCUAAGAUCUGUUCCAGACACCACUGCAGACAAUGACUAUGAAGACUUCAUCAAUGUCAACAUCAUGAACGAACUGGGCAUCAAAGAUGAGGAUGAGGUAGAUGGGUCGCAGCCAGGUUCCAUCGCCGCCCAACGUCUCAAGGUCCCCACCCUGGAUUCCCCCGUCGUCCAACGCAAGAACAAGCAGCCCACGACAGCGGACGGCAGACGUCUGUCAUCCUGUCUGGACUAUGAAACGGUCAAGCAGCUGUCCACCCAGCAGGACAACGAAGACCGACUGCGGAACUUGAAGAGAGUCAUCAAAGAGACGAUUCACCCUACGCCAAGGGACGAGCGACCUAAAGAGGACCCUGUCUCCGCAGUACCGAUGAUGAUGAAAACAGAAGCCAUGAGGAUACCUGAUGUUGACCUUGAUGCUAUCAGUGUGUCCAGUCUGACCUCGCAGAUGGAGGAUGUGGAUGCAGCUUCCGUCGGUCCUUCUGUGUCAAGUGCUCCUGCAGGCUCAGAAGCUGCACCUCCACCUGUAGAUGACAUCCAGGAAACAUAUCUAGUGGCUGCAGAGGCAAAUCCAGAAUGGGACGAGACGUUCCCCUUCCAGGUCGGUGAGAACGAUAACUUCCUCAAUGUGUGUAUCUGGAAUCGUCUAGGCAUGGCCGUUGGAGAACGAGACAUGUUGAUAGGGUACACCAGCGUGUGUCUGAUGGAUGUGGCCCUUCAGUGUGUCAGCACGCUGUCGGGAGAGCACCUGGAGCUGUUCAAGCUACAGCCACCAGAACAGAGAGGGGGCGCAACGAGAAUUGCUUCCCAGAUGCACCUGUUUACCCACCCAGGGUUUGACAGCAGUCUCAGCUACGGAGAUAUCUCUCUCUUCUUCCAUCAUUCUCCGUUUGAAGAUCCUCCCAAACCCACCAAAGAGGGCGGUGCAGAACGUCCAGACUACUCUCCUUACGAUGCCAAGGGGAAGCCCAAAGUGAGCGUAGAGGAAAAAGGCAAACCUGUCGUGGUGAAGAAGAUCACAAGACCAGAAGAGUUGAGCCUCCAUGGCCAAGUUGGGCAGCCUCACAAAUUAGUAGGCACUCAGUUCUCAUCCCCUACAAGAUGUGAUUUUUGUGGCAAAAAGGUAUGGACAAAGUAUGCCCUACAGUGUCUUAUAUGCAAGCUGAUAUGCCACAAGAAGUGUUCAGAGAAAACUCAGGCCAACAUACCAUGUGAUAGGAACCGUUCCGCCCGCCGCGCCGACCAACCCUCCCCCACCAGGGAACUCGGCCAGACACGGCCUCUGGACUCGGCCGCCCAGACCCUCGUGGGUGUGGCCGGCCGCAGGGGCACACCCCACCCCUCACCCAACCCAUCUCCAGCACCCUCACCCCAUGAAUCUGAAGAGGAGGAGGAUGAGGAGGUGGAUGUGGAGGCGAUGGUGAGGAGACUGAGCAAGCUGAAGAGACGGCUGAGGCAGCUGAAUGCAGCUGAAGGGAAUAGAGUGGAUGAUACUGAUGCCAUGGUCAUGACAGCAGUCAGAGAGAUGGGUCGUGAGCUGUUCAUUGAUUCUCCUGUAGACGAGAGGAAAGAGAAGCUAGAGGCCAUGAUUGAGAAGCUCCAGACCGAGAUAGACGAGGAGGCUGACCGUCAGCUGAGGCUCGCCAAGGAAGUCCAGCUAUCAAGACGUCGCAAGGAGAAGCUGGCACUAGAGGGCGCUCUCGCUCAGAGCGAGGAACGCAUGCAGACACUGGCCAAUCUCAUGCUGCACUACUGCGCUGGCAUCCAGCACUGCAACGAGACGCUCUAAAAGUACCAUGCCUGCCACUAUUCUGCAGGUAUUCAGCGUUGCGAAAAGUUUAAAGAGAAGGGUGAGUUCUGGGAAGAGAUGACAAAUAAUUUGUGAGCGUUAUCAUUGUUAUUAUGCAAGUGUGGAAGAACAUC